UUAACAAAAUGUCUUGAGAAAUGGUUAACACACAAGAUUCAAUUUGAAAUUAAAAUUACCGGCGGCACGAACAGAUUUCCUUUUUAUAAACAGCUGUUUAGGGCAUUUUAGUGGUGUUGAGCAACAGCUGCGGGAAAACAGUAUUGUUAGAAUACGCGAACGGAGUUCCUUACGCGAUAAGAAGAUUAACAGGCAGAAUUAAAUAGUCGCUACAAGAUGGCGUGCAAAAUACCUUUUACGCAUUGAUCGAGCGUGAAGUCAACCAGGAAAACGCAAGGGCCACAAAUACCCUCGUUAACAAAGACUUGCAAAGAAUUUACGGAACUUUGCUGGAAUUUUUCCAGUAAGCUCCCGUGUUCACGUUGCAGCAACAAAUUCCUGAGGUCAACAAAUCUCUUAAAUUCCUUAACACUGGCCAGGACCCCGAACUAAACAUCUACUCCAUCGAAUAUAUUUACUGUAUACCAAAGGCAACCAGUAAUUUGUUACGGAAAUGUCAUCAGGCAAAGAGUCAAUAUCACUCUGUGAUCCUAAGGAUGCAACGCAGGAAUUUACUAUAAAAGUUGAACCGAAUAUGAAUGACUUUUAUUUAGAUAAAGACAUAAUUGAGGCCAUCGACAGCCUGCAUGAUUUAUUUGUGGACAUCCUUGAAACCAAAAAUUCAUUUGAGUUAGAGGAAGAGCAGAAUGCUCGGAACUGUGGCAAGCAUAAGAAAGCUAAAGAAGAGGAAAAAAUGCCUCCAGCGCCGCCAGCGCCUUCCAUCAACGCAAUAGAGGAAAGCAGCAACUUGUUCACACAAAAUUUAAUGGAAAUAUUUAAUCCUGAGAGCAAAAAUUCAAACGUGGUUUUGAACAGUCAUCCUAAGUCUGUAAAAGAAAACACAAAAACUUUGAAGUUAAGUGAUAAUUGCUUAACUAAUUUACAAAGCCCACAAGGAAGCAUCCAUAAUAAAAUCAUCGAUUCACAUCAAAUGGUUAAAGAGGAUAAAGGUUGGUAUUCACCGCCAUCUUCUCCGGAAACCUCAAGAAGUAUGUCGAAAAAUCGACGUUUUGAAGUGGGGAGGCAAUCUAAGUCUAAAACCCGGAAUAUUUCCCCAAGAAAACACCUGGAUAAGCGUUGGCGAUCGAGAUCGAACAGUCAAAAUAUUUCUCCAAGGGGUAGAAGAAUCUCCCGCUCGAGAUCUAAGAAUCGAAAUAUUUUUCCUAGUCGUAAAAGUGUUUCAAGAAAUAGACAAUAUAGAGAAAACCGUCGUUCGAGAUCCUACAAUCGAAAUAUUUCCGCAAGGCGCAGAAGACCUUCGCGCUCCAGAUCUAAAAGCCGAAAUAUAUCUCCAAGUCGAAAGAGCCAUUUUAAUAAGCGCUGGCGAUCGAGAUCUUACAGUCGAAGUAUUUCACUUAGACGGGGAGUUGUGCCGAGAAAUAAAGACCGUAAUGAACGUUCGCGAACGAGAUCUGCAAAUCAAAAUAAUUACCCAAGUCUAAGAGAACUCUUGCGCUCCAGAUCUAAAAGCCGAAAUAUUUCGCCACCACUUAGACACUUAAGACGGCAAGCAAGAUGUGACAGUCGAAGUAUUUCUUCUAGUCGUGGUUUGUGUAGGAGUAGAUACGGCAAUGAUCGCUGUCGAUCAAGAUCUAAUAAUUCCCCGAGGCGUAGAAGAUGCCGGCGUUCCAGAUCAAAAAAUCGGAAUAAUUCCCCAGUAGAUAAACGUGUCUCAAGGAAUAGACACUCCAAAAAGCAUUGGCUAUCGAACAGUCGAAGUAUUUCCCCUAAUCGUGGUAGUGGGUCCAGAAAAUCAAAUAAACGAUGGCGAUCGAGAUCUAAAAGCCAAAAUAUUUCCUCAAUUCUUGACAAGUCCAAGAGUCCAAGUAUUUCUCCAAAUAGUAUAAGUACAGUGAAAGAUGAUCACUCUAAACAACAUGCGAUAUCCAAGAGUCGAAAUAUAUCCUCAAGUUGCAGAAAACCAUGGCGAUCGAGGUCUAAAAGUCGAACUAGAGUUGUUUCACGUGGAAGAAGUAUUUCUCCACAAAAAGGCAGUAGACUUCGUUCCAGAAGGAGUCGGAGUCCCCCACAAUAUCCACACAGAAGCUACACUGAGCAAGUGCCGCGCGAAGAAAGUAGAAGUUUGGUACAUCAGUCCGACAAUCACAUUUCUGAGCAAAGAUCAAAUUUAUUUAUACCUCAUGAAAGAGCUUUAUAUAAUGGUUCAUCGCCAAGGCAACUAGUUAAAGCUCGACAGUUCGUUGAUGAUACACUUUCACAUCAAUCAUAUUAUUUACCAUUUUUGAAAGAAGGUAACUUAAUUAAUACGAGACUAACUUCUCGUCCUACUACGUUGGAAAGCCACUUUAUUAUAAAUCCGAUGGCGAAUUCAGCGUAUCAAGGUAUAAAUCAUUUUGAUAAAUUCGGAUAUCAAACUUUAGGACCACAUGAUUUGCGACACAGAUUGGAAAUACGUCGUUAUUAUAAUUAUGAAAUGUCGCAUUGCAAAAUGUUUAAUUAUGAAUACUUAACAUAUUAACUUAUAUAUUAUAACAUAUGUAACAUAUUAUUAUUAGUAUUAUUUGGCACACUUUUAUGUAUUCUCGUUUAAUAAAUUCUGUACAUUUUAAAACUUAAAAAGAUUUCACUCUAGAACGCUACAAUAUUUAGAUGUGCUAUAUAAGAAUAU